AUGGUACGAAAAUGGAGGGGCCUUGCCACCUUCGCAGCCAAAGACGCGGCGACUGUGCAACAUGAAAGCCAAGGCGAAGCUGCAUCGACGAAGACAUUUUUGGAGUCCGAUUCUGAAGCCAGCGGUGGGCAUGAGGGCAACCACGAUGAACUGAAGCAGGUGCAGUGGGAAGUGGAUGCCAUGCAGUCAGAGGUAUCGGAUGCAGAGACAGAGGCGGACCUGCAAGAGAUUAAGGCCAAGACCAUGUACCGUAUGGUGGAGAACAUAUCUUUGGGCUCGGGCUCUCGGCACAAAGUCCUCUACCUGACCAACAAGCAAGCUCGGCUGUUGGCCAACACGCCGGGUUCCAUAAAGCGUGUUCUGGAAGCCUUUGAAAUACCAACACCGAAGCUGGUGAUCAGGUUCAUACAAUCAAUGGGAGGUGUUGACUGGACCAAGACUCGGACCGAUGCAGGCAUACCCCUGCAGUCUCCGUUUCCAGGCGGCGAGGAGGAAGCUCUGCAAGCCGAGCAAGGGUUGUACCACUUCAUGGAAGAAGUGUUGCUUCCACUUGCUGCGGAGACAAGCGCGUUAAUCCUUGUACAAGCGACACUGGGAAGCUGUAUGUUGACAUCUGCCCUUGGACAAGCCUUGAAACUUCACCGCAACCGAUUUGGCAAGCAACUUCCUUUCUGUGUUAUAGCCUUGACAGCAGAUUUUCGCAGACUGUACAGCAACGAUGACCCUUCUGCAAAAUGGCGUGAGUUUCAGAGGGCUGUUUGCGGCUGGAGACGGAGACAUCGGGCUAGCCUGAAUCAGUUCUUCAACAAGGAGUAUGCUGGACCCAGAAUCGCGUAUGACUUGCUUGACGACUUUGCUCAUUACAUUCUAUGCGAUGGCAUCAACGAGUUCGACGGGACCAUGGAUUUCACUCCAUUUGCAGCUUUCAACGACUCCCUCCUCAAUCACUUAAUGGAGCAGGUGCCGUGCAUUGCUGUCAAAGCUGGUCACUCAACUCUUGAAGAUAGCGAUGAAGCUUCGCUUGGGAAUAUAGUUGCAUGCCUUGAAGGCGGUUGCCCCACCAUUCUGGUAAACCUCCGUCCAUGGCCGUCAGGUCUGCAGCUGUCAAACUUGCAGGAAUCCUACGAGGAGUUCUUACACGAGAUUCACGAUCAAUGGGACUAUCUGGAUUGCAACGUGAUUUGUCUCAUUGUGCAAGCACUGGAAAACUCUGACAAGGCCCUUUCGCAGCAGGCGGUUGAGCAGCCGCAGACAGCCCGGAAGUGUAGACAAACGGCGGUGUAG